UCGUUUCCCCUGUGGCCCACUGGAAAAUAUGGAAAAUUCAUAAACAUGUCAAAUUCACAGGGCUCAACUCAGCAAAAGUAACCAGAAAUUUUAACCUAAGAAUUGGUAGACCAUUUUAAUUUGGCUCGGUUAGGGAGUUUUAAAGUUGAAGAUUUAUUAUCAAGUAUUUUACCCCCAACAAUUUUUGGGAAAAUCUGGUUUUUUGUUCUAUAAAAGUUCCUCAUGGAAUCAGAUCAGCUUGAGUCCUCAGGACCCAGACGAAUAGUCAAACAACAACAGAUUCAACAACAAGCUCGUAGUAAAGUUAAACAACAGAAAUUAAAAAUUACAUUUACUGGUUAUGUUAUAGUAUUAAUUUUUUUAUCAAUUGUUCAAAUUAUUGGAGUUGGAUUUUUCACUCGAGGAUUUUUAUUAACUAGAAAUGUAUUACCAGAUAUUUCUGAUUGUUCAAUAAAUAAUUCAUGUAUCCCUGCCAAAUUUGAUAAGGCAGUAAUUUUAAUUAUUGAUGCAUUAAGAUUUGAUUUUGUUAUACCUAUAAAUGAUGAUUCAGCUAAUGAAUAUUAUCAUAAUAAUUUCCCAUUAUUAUAUGAUUUAGCUCAAAAUGAUAAUGGAAUAUUAUUAAAAUUUAUUGCUGAUCCUCCAACUACAACAUUACAAAGAUUAAAGGGAUUAACUACUGGUUCUUUACCAACAUUUAUUGAUGCAGGAUCUAAUUUUGAUGGUGAUCAUAUAGAUGAAGAUAAUUGGAUUUUACAAUUACAUAAACAAAAUAAAUCUAUAGCGUGUAUGGGAGAUGAUACUUGGCAAGCAUUAUUUAAUAAUUAUAUUAAUCCUCAAUUAAAUUUCCCCUUUGAUUCAUUAAAUGUUUGGGAUCUUCAUACAGUAGAUAAUGGAGUUAUAAAACAUAUAUUCCCACUUUUAGAUAAACAAGAACGACUGAAAUGGGAUGUUUUAAUUGGUCAUUUCUUAGGGGUUGAUCAUGCUGGUCAUAGAUAUGGACCUAAUCAUUAUGCUAUGAAAGAAAAAUUAAAUCAAAUGAAUGAAAUAUUAUUAAAAGUAAUAUCUGAAUUAGAAGAUAAUACAUUACUUGUAGUAUUAGGAGAUCAUGGAAUGGAUCCUACUGGAAACCAUGGUGGUGAUUCAAUUGAAGAAUUAGAGAGUACUUUAUUCAUGUAUUCUAAAAACAAGAAAUUUAAUAAAAAGAAUAAAUCCUUUUAUGAUAUUAGUCAACAAGGUAAAAAUUAUAGAGCCGUUAAUCAAAUUGAUUUAGUACCGACAAUUUCAUUAUUAUUGGGUCUUCCUAUUCCGUAUAAUAAUCUUGGAUAUCCAAUUGAUGAAGUAUUUUCCAAUGAUAAAGAAUUAGUUGAAGUAGCUCAUAAAUCACUUCAACAACUUAAUACUUUUAGAUCAAAUACUCAUGAUUUAUCAUCUAAAUUAGAUAAUAGUUAUAAUUCCUUUAUAACCAAUUAUACUGAACAUGGUAAUGAUAAACAUCAUUAUGAACAAUUAAUUUCUAGUGCUAAACAAUAUCAACAUGCUUCAUUAGAAGAAUGUAAAAGUUUAUGGGCUACAUUUGAUUUAAAAUUAAUUUCUAUUGGUAUUGGAAUUCUUUUCUUAUCAUUAACAUUCCUUUUAACUUAUGCAAGAUCAAUUCCAGCAGUUAGAGUUCUGACUAUGUCUUUUGAAUUCAUUGGUUCAGUAAUUGCUAUGUGUUUACUUGGUUUAGUAAUAAGUUUAUCCAUUUAUAUUGUUUUAAAACCAACUGAUUUUAGUUUAAAUAAAUGUCUUGCAAUUGGUGCUGCUCUUGGAAUUAUAAUUGGAUUUUGGGCUCCUAUAAUGGAUAGAUUUAGUGUUAAUUGGUUAUUACAUCAAACGAUUGAUUUUUUCAGUUUUAAUUUUAAUUCUUAUUCAUUCUUAGGUUUAUUAUUUGUUGUAAGUCAUGGCUUAAUUUUUGCAUCUAAUUCAUUUGUGGUUUGGGAAGAUAAAAUGGUUCUGUUCUUUUUAAUUACUUUUGGAUUUAGUUGUAUCUUUGGACUUUCUGUUAAAAAUAAUAUUACUAAAGCUCAAAAAAUUCUUGGAUUACUGCAUGCUAUAACUUUUACAUUAUUUGCAAGAUUUUCUUCUAUGAUAAAUCUUUGUCGUGAAGAACAACGUCCUUAUUGUGAACCUACAUUUAUUUCAACUUGGUGGUCAGUACUUUUAUUACAUGGAUGUACUUAUAUUUUACCAUCAUUUAUUAUUUCAUUUUAUAAAUUAACUAAUUCAUAUCAUUCAGCUGCUCCCUUAUGGAUAGGUACAGGUCUUAAAUUCUUAAUGUUUAUGAAUGCAGUUCAUUGGACUUUAGAAUAUGUUCAUAAUUCUGAUUAUUUUGCUGGUAGAUGGUUUGCUAGUUCUGCAUUAUUAAAACCUUUAAAACUUGCAAUUGCAAGAAUUGUUCUAUUUAUUGCUUUAAUCCUUGCUAAUUUUAGUUGGUCAAAGGGUCCAUUAUGUGUAAAAUUAGAAUAUCAAGCCGAAAAUUCAGGAGAUUCAGAUGAUAAUAAUGGAUUACAAAAGAGUGCUAAUAUUCUUGGAUAUGGGAAUGUUUAUGGAUCAUCAUAUUUCUUAUUAGUACUUAAUUUUACGGUAGCAAUUAUGAUGGUAACUAAACCAUUAGGAGCUAUUUCUUUAAACAUGUUAAUUGUUCAAAUAUUAUCAUUAUUAGAAUUAUAUGAUAUUUUAGAAUUACGUAAAAAUCUUGUGGCACCUAUUAUAUUUGGAUUAUUAGGAUAUCAAAAUUUUUUCAGUACUGGACAUCAAGCAACUCUUGCAUCAAUUCAAUGGGAAAUUGGAUUUUUAACUACAGAAACUAUUUUCUUUCCAUUUACUCAUUUAAAUAUUGUUUUAAAUACUUUUGGAUCAUUUUUAAUUAUAAGUUUAGCUAUUCCAUUAAUUACAUUAUGGAAAAUAGUUCCAUCAAAUAAACCAAUUACAGUUUUAUCACAAAUUAUUACUAAUAUAACAACUUUAUUAACUUAUAUUGCAAUAACAGGAUUAUCAAGUUUAAUUUUUGCAGCUCAUUUUAGAAGACAUUUAAUGGUAUGGAAGAUAUUUGCUCCUCGGUUUAUGUUAAGUGGAUUAUUAAUUAUUAUACUUAAUAUUUUCUUAAUUACUGUACCACUUGUAUUUGGUACAGGUAAAGUCGUAACACAGGUCAAUAGAAUAUUCGGGAAGUAAAGUCUCAUCACGACAUUAUUAUUAUUAUUAUUAUUAUUAUUAAUAUAAUUAAAUUUAUUAUUUAUUAUUAAUCUUAUUAUUAUUUUUAAUUAUCUUUUUUGUCUUUCUUAUUAUUAUUAUUAUUUUUAAAAUUAUUAAAAUUAUAAUUAUUUUAUAUUUAAUUAUUAUUUAUAUAUUUAUUCGUAUAGAGUUUAAUAUAUGGAGAAAAUCCG